GCAAUUGUCUUCUAUGAGCUUGCUUUCCACUUCAAUCCACAUUGUGCUGAGGCUUGCAACAAUUUGGGAGUACUCUACAAGGACCGUGACAACCUUGAUAAAGCUGUGGAGUGUUAUCAGAUGGCUCUGUCAAUCAAACCAAAUUUCGCACAGUCGCUUAACAACCUUGGUGUCGUCUACACAGUCCAGGGGAAAAUGGAUGCUGCUGCUGACAUGAUUGAGAAGGCAAUCCUUGCAAAUCCCACUUAUGCAGAAGCUUUUAACAACUUAGGUGUUCUUUACAGAGACGCUGGAAACAUAACCGCAGCUAUUGAUGCUUAUGAGGAAUGCCUUAAGAUAGAUCCAGAUUCUCGCAACGCUGGCCAGAACCGAUUGCUUGCCAUGAACUACAUAAAUGAAGGACUUGAUGACAAACUGUAUGAGGCUCACAGAGACUGGGGUUGGCGUUUCACUAGAUUACACCAACAGUACACUUCUUGGGAUAAUAUCAAAGAUCCAGAGCGACCUAUCACCAUCGGAUACAUCUCCCCAGACUUCUUCACUCAUUCAGUUUCUUAUUUCAUUGAAGCCCCACUCACUCACCAUGAUUACACAAAGUAUAGAGUUGUGGUUUAUUCAGCGGUAGUUAAGGCAGACGCAAAAACAUUCAGGUUUAGGGAUAAAGUGUUGAAGAAAGGUGGAGUGUGGAAAGAUAUAUACGGAAUAGAUGAGAAAAAGAUUGCAAGUAUGGUCCGAGAAGACAAAAUCGACAUUUUGGUAGAACUCACUGGCCAUACAGCCAAUAACAAGCUGGGAACCAUGGCCUGCAGACCAGCACCUGUUCAGGUUACUUGGAUCGGCUAUCCAAAUACUACGGGCUUGCCCACUGUUGAUUACAGAGUUACAGAUUCGUUGGCUGAUCCACUAGACACUAAACAGAAACAGGUCGAGGAGCUGGUUAGGCUUCCGGAGUGUUUUCUUUGUUAUACACCAUCACCAGAGGCUGGUCCUGUUUGUCCAACACCAGCUCUUUCCAAUGGCUUUGUCACAUUUGGUAGCUUCAACAAUCUCGCAAAGAUUACUCCUAAGGUGCUGCAAGUAUGGGCUAGGAUACUCUGUGCAGUUCCCAACUCUCGCCUUGUGGUAAAAUGCAAACCUUUCUGCUCUGACAGCAUUAGGCAGAGGUUUCUCACGACGCUGGAGCAGCUUGGGUUAGAAUCAAAGCGCGUUGAUCUUUUGCCGCUUAUUCUUUUCAAUCACGACCAUAUGCAAGCUUACUCCUUAAUGGACAUAAGUUUGGACACAUUCCCUUAUGCUGGAACUACCACAACCUGUGAAUCUCUCUACAUGGGAGUUCCAUGUGUUACUAUGGCUGGUUCAGUACAUGCUCAUAACGUUGGUGUCAGUCUUCUCAGUAAAGUUGGUUUGGGACGCCUGGUUGCUAAAAAUGAGGAUGAGUAUGUGCGGUUAUCUGUUGAUCUAGCUUCUGAUGUCACGUCUCUUUCAAAGCUGAGAAUGAGUCUCAGGGAUCUAAUGGCUGGAUCUCCUGUUUGUAACGGUCCUUCCUUUGCUGUUGCUCUUGAAUCCGCAUACCGAAAUAUGUGGAGAAGCUACUGCAAAGGUGAAGUACCGUCCUUAAGGCGAAUGGAAAAGCUGCAAAAAGAGGUCCAAGAAGACCCCUUAAUCUCAUCAAGACUCAACGUCACUGGUGAAGCCACUCCUUCGCUCAAGGCCAAUGGUUCUGCUCCUGUUCCUUCUUCCUUACCAACCCAGUCCUGGCAGCUCUCAAAGAAAAUGGACUCCACUGGUUAAAGUGAACAGUAUUACAGAGAGAUACCGAGCUGCUGUGUAAUGAGGGAUUAUAUAGAACUUAAGCGCACACUGAUGCAUUUGCAGAUUCUGGACCCGUAUGGGUGAAAGGUGUGAAAGAGAGAGUCCAUGAGAUCUUUUUCCUUCCAUGACACUAUAGGAAUAGACUUUUAGAUUACUGCUUGUGUUAGUAAAAAAAGAAUAGUAUUGUUAGUUUAGCUUUAUAAUGAUUCUUGGCAAGUCUAUGUGGAAGUGGAUUUGGAGUUUUUCUUCUCAUCUGAGAGAUCAAACUGUUGUAUUAAUUAGGGUUUUAAGGCUUCUUUGGAUGCUUGUUUUCAUGUGUUUGAUAAUGAUAGUUCUAUAGCCAAAAUAAUUGGCAUAUUC